AUGAUCCUCGGUCCCAUAUCUCUCAUCGACUGCUUCGUCUUUUGCUUUUACCUCGCACCGCAGCUGCUUCAUCAAGCUGGCUUCUUCCCCACAGCACUCGUCGUUCUGAGGGCCAUUCCAUUUCUAUUAUUUACUCUACCACUUCAAUUUGUGUGGAACCGUUACUUCAGGAGCUACUCUUCUCACAAAUCUUCCCACCUCAAAAACUCUACCAUAUUCGAGGACUUUGUCAUCCGCUGCGUGCGAUAUGCAUUUGCUACCAUACCAGCAAACGUCGGGAGAGUCUUCUUUUCCAAGGACGUGGCACUCCCCUUUCUCAAGUGGCGCAUGAAGAGACACGGAUUCAAGGACUUUCCAGUGUAUUGGAAAGAAGAAACUAUUGGAGAGGGAGACGCCAAAGUCAAGGGGAUCUGGAUUAAACAGAAUUGCGAGGUUGAGCCAGAUAUUGUCAUCUACUACGCGCAUGGCGGCGGGUUCGCCAUGGGCACCAGCUACUUUUACUUUGAGUUUCUUCUAGCAUGGCACAGCCUACUGGUUGAUGCUGGGUAUGAGAACCCAGCCAUCUUUGCUCUGGACUACAGUCUGGUUCCAGACGAGGUGUAUCCCACUCAGAUUCUCCAAACGCUACAGGGCUACAAGCAUGUGUUGGAGGAGGUAGAGGAUGCCUCCAAGGUGUGCGUUGCUGGCGAUUCCGCCGGCGGUACACUCAUCCUUAGCAUGUUGCUCGAGGUCGGGAUUCAGGUUCAGAAUCAGCAGGCCAGAGGGGCCAAACUAGGGAUGAGCAAACACGAAUUGGAAGAUAUUCGACCAAAGUUUGCUAUACCGCAGAUGGCCAUGUUGAUCUCUCCUUGGAUCACUCUGGCCUCGAGUCUCCACUUUCCGUCUCGCGUUGACUACUUGAAUAGGGGCACUCUCUGGAAGUACGCACACCAGUAUGCGGGGGAUGCAAUGAUUCACGGCGGAGUGGCGUCGCCUGGGAGGUGCGAUGAUGUCAAACUAUGGAAAGCAGCCAGCCCCGAGCGUGGCUACUUUAUCACGUAUGGCAGCGACGAGGUGCUGGCGCCAGACAUCGAGAGCUUUGUGGAGCGCCUGGGCGCCGGCAAGGUCGAAAUUGAAGCUCGAAGAUUCGACGGCGGAAUCCAUGCAUGGCCUGUAGCGUCGCUCUUCUUAUCAAGCACCAGGAGGAAGCGUCUCUAUGGGCUGCAGACUAUAGUGGGAGAGAUUAGAAAGAGAUUCGAUAAAGCUCCAGCAGGGAAGAUGAGGCAGAAGAAGAGGCUGUCAGAUUAGAUCAAGUUCUACAAUGUAAUCAUAGAGAGAUCAAUGUGGAAAGUCAGGAACCAGAGCGCCAAGGCUCGGCUUCGUCAUUUUCCUGAUCGGGCUCAGAUUUUAAAGCUCACUAUUGUUUAUCAUCGCACAGCCGAAAGGGGGGGAGGGGUGAAGGAGAGGUAAUCGACGUGAUUUGACGGAAUGAUUUAAUGAAAUGCUCAAUGAAAUGCCACUGACCUGUGAUACGGUUCGUUGCCUGGUGUGGGUUUAUGCAUCAUCCCCAGGCAGCUCCAGGCAGCUCAGUGCCCGUGGAUGACUGGAUAUGUCUGCCUCAGAUCCUGACGCAUACCAGGCUGCGAUAAGACAGGCUCAGGGAGACAGAUUCGAGUCUGAGCGGACACAAGAACGCUGGCAUCCUGGCAGCGAGAAACAGAGAAUGCGCACAUCCCUUGCAUGCCAGGAGUAAAUAUUUCCCGAGAGUGCAGUUCCAAGCCAGAACCAAGUAGCGAAGGAUGAAGGACAAUAUCGAAGUGAAAGCGAGGUGCAGGAUUUGGUACAGUUGAAGCGGCUGCACGAUUAUGAGUAGCGUCGGAGUCGUAGCACCUAUUUCUUCACGCAAAGAGCCGCAUCCACGCCCGAUGUAACGACAGCAUUUUCCCCUGACGGCAGAGCAUUUGUGCCGGCCCUGGUUCUGGUUGCGGUUCAGACUCCGUCGAGGUGAGAAUCAGCCAGGCCAAGCACGCAAAAAAGAGCCGCAAAAAGAGCCGCAAUGCAUAUGUCGAGCCAGCCACAUGGCUGCUCAUGGCUGCUCCAGCCAAAUCGAAUCGACCACGCAUCCUCUUUUUUUCGAGCCUCUCUCCCACGACUAUCCACCGCGGGCAUGGGUUCAUAGCGGCACGC